AGGUAUUUUCUUGUGGGGAGCAAUCAUGCAGAAACAAAAUAUCGUGUUCUGAAAAUUGAUCGGACUGAACCAAAAGACCUGGUAAUUAUUGAUGAUAAGCAUGUAUACAACCAGCAAGAAGUACGUGAGCUCCUUGGUCGCCUUGAUCUUGGAAACCGGACAAAAAUGGGACAAAAAGGGUCAUCAGGAUUAUCCCGAGCUGUGUCAGCUUUUGGAAUUGUGGGAUUUGUUCAGUUUUUAGAAGGCUAUUACAUUGUGCUGAUCACUAAAAGGCGAAAAAUGGCUGAUAUUGGUGGUCACGCAAUCUACAAAGUUGAAGAUACUAGCAUGAUCUACAUUCCCAAUGAUUCUGUACGUGUUAGCCAUCCCGAUGAAGCCAGAUAUUUAAGAAUAUUUCAAAAUGUUGACCUAUCAAGCAAUUUUUACUUCAGCUACAGUUAUGAUUUGAGUCACUCGCUCCAGUACAAUCUUACAAUCUUACGGAUGCCCACUGAGAUGAUGAAGCUCGAGAUAACAAAUCAGACACGUCAGGAAGGCUUUGAUAUAUUUGAGGAUGAAGCAAUAAGUAGCCAUGGUGGAAGCAGUAUUUUUGGGAUAUGCAGUGAACCUUGCAUGAAAUAUGUCUGGAAUGGACAACUUUUAAAGUGUGUAAAAGACAUCGUACAUCGCGACUGGCUGCUUUAUAUAAUUCAUGGAUUUUGUGGACAGUCAAAGCUAUUAAUUUAUGGUCGACCAAUCUAUGUGACUCUGAUGGCAAGAAGAUCAAGCAAAUUUGCUGGCACACGGUUUUUAAAGAGAGGAGCAAAUUGUGAGGGUGAUGUUGCCAAUGAAGUAGAGACUGAGCAAAUAGUACAUGAUGCUUCUGUGAUGUCAUUUACUGCAGGAAGCUAUUCCUCCUAUGUACAAGUUCGAGGCUCAGUCCCUUUGUAUUGGUCCCAAGACAUUUCCACUAUGAUGCCUAAGCCACCAAUAACAUUGGACCAAGCAGAUCCUUAUGCACAUGCUGCUGCUUCCCACUUUGACCAAAUGCUUCAGAGAUUUGGAUCACCCAUUAUUAUUCUGAACCUUGUGAAGGAGCGUGAAAAGAGGAAACAUGAAAGGAUCCUUAGUGAUGAAUUGGUUGCAGCUGUUACUUAUUUAAAUCAGUUUGUUCCACCUGAACAAAGCAUUGUUUACAUUCCAUGGGAUAUGGCUAAGUAUACCAAAAGCAAACUUUGUAAUGUUCUGGAUCGACUGAAUGUGAUAGCUGAAAAUGUUGUGAAGAAGACUGGUUUCUUUGUUAAUCGCCCCGAUUCAUAUUGCAGUGUCUUAAGACCCGAUGAAAAGUGGCAUGAGCUUGGAGGUGUGGUUGGUCCAUCUGGCCGUUUACAGACUGGUGUUCUACGAACAAACUGUGUUGAUUGCUUAGACCGAACUAAUACUGCUCAGUUCAUGGUGGGAAAGUGUGCUUUGGCGUAUCAACUGUACUCUUUAGGGCUGAUCGAUAAACCCAAUUUGCAGUUUGACACAGAUGCAGUUAGGUUAUUUGAGGAGCUAUAUGAAGAUCAUGGUGACACUUUAUCUCUUCAAUAUGGAGGUUCCCAGCUUGUUCAUAGAGUGAAAAACCUACAGGAAGAUUGCGCCAUGGACCCAGCACUCUAAGGACAUUAUGCAAACACUGUCUAGAUACUAUAGUAAUGCAUUUUCUGAUGCAGACAGACAGGAUGCAAUCAAUCUAUUCCUAGGUGUUUUUCAGCCAACUGAAGGAAAGCCUCAUCUCUGGGAGCUGCCCACUGACUUUUACUUGCACCAUAAAAAUACAAUGAAGCUGCCUCAUAUGAAGAGAAGCUACACAUUUUGGUGGACACCAGGGGUUCUGGAGCAUUUACCACUGCCACUUGAUGAAGUACCCUGUGGAGAAAACCUGAAGAAGAUGAUAAUAAAGAAAUUUAGCAAAUGUGAUGAGGAAAUCAAUAUAUACAUUGAGUUUUUUUUUCCGACCUUAUGAACUGAGCAGUUUUGAUGACACUUUUUGCUUGUCUAUGGCUAAUUCAGCAAGGGAUUUUAUGCCAAAAAAUGUUGGCAUUGAUCCAAGCCCGUUUACUGUACGUAAGCCAGAGGAAACUGGAAAAUCGGUCCUAGGGUAAGAAAUUCUGAGUAUUGAUAUUGUUUUAAAAAAUUUACUGUUAAUCUCUGAUACCAGAUUGGAAGCUACUUUAUUCUUUGGAUCACAGUUACAGGAUGAAAAAAAAAUCUGCCAGUUCUACAGCCAUUUUAUGGGCAAACCUUUUGAUG